UCGUCGGACACUGCGACUGGAGUAGCGGCCGGAUCACGUCUUUGCGGAAUUUCGGCAGAUGAGUACCAUUGAGAGGCGCAAUUUCAGAGGCAUGUGCAUCAAUUUCACACCGUGUAUCGUAGUGUCGCCGAAAUGGGAACUGAAAAUGAGCAAGAGGCUCGUCUGGGCAUUCUGGCGACAUGCUUUUGCGUAUGGGUUGUGGUCGCUUGCGAGGUGGAUGCAGCAAAGCUCGAUGGUAGCACUGAUGACCAGGAUGCAACGCAAUUUUCAGCGAGAAUUGAAUUGCCGGGAUUCCGCCUCCGUUUCAAAGACGGCGCAUCUGCGUUCAAGAUCGCCAUCUUCGCCGACCUGCACUACGGGGAAAAUGCUUGGGACGAUUGGGGGCCUCGGCAGAAUUCCACGAGUGUUCAAUCCUUCCUGCUGAAUCGCGAAAGCCCAGACUUUGUUGUGUACCUCGGGGAUGUGAUAACUGCAAACAACCUCCCUUACCAUGACGCAACUGUGCAUUGGCGAGAAGCAAUUGGGCCAGCAGUGCAGAUGGACAUCCCAUUCGCUUCAGUGUUUGGGAAUCAUGACGACGCGCCCUUUGAAUGGGAUCCAGAUUCAGGCAUACCUCCUGAUGCACCCAAGCAAACAACAUCACGGAAGGAGCUAAUGGAGUUCGACACAAGCUUGCCCUCUUCAUUCUCUUUAGCAGGACCAAAUACGCUAUGGCCCAGUGUUUCCAACUACGUCAUCCCCAUCACUUCUUCAGGCGGUACAAUGACAGUUGCAAUAAUGUAUUUUCUGGAUUCUGGCGGUGGCUCAAUGUCGGAGGUCAUUUCGGCGCAUCAAGCUGCUUGGUUCACAGCCACCGCUUCUGAGAUCAACCCCGACGCAUCAAUCCCUGAACUUGUGUUCUGGCAUAUACCAAGAAUCGCGUAUAAGCAAGCCGGACCCGGAGCAAAUAUACCGAUCGAAGCUCCUUGCGUUGGGUCUAUCAACGACGAGAAAAUUGCCCCACAGGAAACUGAGGGUGGCAUCAUGAAUGUUCUCCUGACCCGCAAGUCAGUCAAGGCAGUCCUUGUAGGACAUAACCACGGACUCGAUUGGUGUUGUCCUUACCACAACCUGCAACUCUGCUGCUCGAGGCAUACCGGUUAUGGUGGCUAUGGCACAUGGAAACGAGGAGCACGGUUUGUGGAGAUAAUGCAGGAGCCGACGUUGCGGAUCAUGACUUCAGUGAUCCUAGAGGAUGGAAGCGUUGUCUCCGAAUUGCAGCUUGUGUGACAUGCCGCACUAAGGUAGCGAGGUGGUGGAUUGGAGCGCGUCAGAGAGCAAGAUUUUCAAACAAAUGAUGGUGUUCCUUUAAAUAGAUUUGAAAUCGGGGGUUUAACAUGAAGUGAUACUAAAAUAACAGCACACUCUGACCACUAUACAAAACGAGACUCCAACCAAAAAGUAAAAUGUAGGGUAGCCGACAUCAUUCACAGCUUGAUCAUGUAAAUACAUCAAAGCUGUAAUAUGAUGUAAAUGUAUUUGUUUCGGUGUGGAAUCACAACGUGAUAUCGUAACUAAGAAUUUUAGGAGUAAUUCGACUGAUUCAAAGAAACCCAAACAAUUGAGAUCGAGCUAUAACAGCUAGUUACUGCACAAAGCUAUUUGCGAGUGACUUGUGCAGCUCAACAAGGAUGUGAGAUCUAGAGAAUGUAUCAAGAAAAGAGUUGCAGUGGUAAACUAGAAACUACAUCCGAGGGCAGGUUAAGACUCUGGUGAUUACAGUGAUAAUUGUAAUAAUUCUACUCUACAAUUUGAAGGGCUGAAAUACCUUAAACGUUGAGCA